GUCACUUCGCGGAGCGACACCACCUAACCCGGAAGUGCGACGCGUCCCACAGGCGGUUGUUGUUGAACUCUUUAAGGGGGGGUUGGAAUACCCUCCCCCCUAGCCCCCUUUUAUUUUUUUCCUCUCCUCACCGGUUUGCGACCGUAUGACCGGCUCACCGCCUGCUGCUGUCUUGGGGGCAGUGAAAAGGGGCAUGUGACCGGAGUGUGGCGCACACGUGGUUCCUCCAUCACCGCGCCAAGAUUUGUGGCCUGCUCCUGUUUUAUCCUGGCACUUCCUAUAGACCGCUGCAUGAGGUAGCUCUCAUUUACUUUCUACAUCCAUUGUUAUUUGAGGAUUGGGAUAUUACCUGUUUUCUCUGGAAGUAACUGCAGUUUGCUGUGACCUCAUGGUUUAAGUGGGCAUAAAGAUGAGUAUAAGCAGUGAUGAGGUCAAUUUCCUGGUAUACAGAUACUUGCAAGAAUCGGGAUUCUCCCAUUCCGCUUUUACAUUUGGUAUAGAAAGCCAUAUCAGCCAGUCCAAUAUCAACGGUGCCCUGGUGCCACCUGCUGCUUUAAUCUCUAUUAUUCAGAAAGGACUGCAGUAUGUGGAAGCAGAAGUUAGCAUUAAUGAGGAUGGCACACUCUUUGAUGGCAGGCCAAUUGAAUCUCUCUCUCUGAUUGACGCGGUUAUGCCUGAUGUUGUACAGACAAGGCAGCAAGCAUAUAGAGACAAACUUGCACAACAGCAAGCUGCGGCAGCUGCUGCAGCCGCCGCGGCGGCUGCUGCGACAGCGAAUAACCAGCAAGCAUCUACGAAGAAUGGUGAAAAUGCAGCCAAUGGAGAGGAGAAUGGAGGACAUGCACUGGCAAAUAACCACACUGACAUGAUGGAAGUUGAUGGAGAUGUAGAAAUCCCAUCCAGCAAGGCAGUGGUUUUACGGGGUCAUGAGUCAGAAGUGUUUAUUUGUGCCUGGAACCCAGUUAGUGAUCUGCUUGCCUCAGGGUCAGGAGAUUCAACAGCUAGGAUAUGGAAUCUUAGUGAAAACAGCACUAGUGGUUCAACACAGCUGGUCCUCAGACACUGUAUACGAGAAGGGGGGCAAGAUGUUCCGAGCAACAAGGAUGUUACCUCUUUAGAUUGGAAUAGUGAAGGAACACUUCUAGCCACUGGGUCUUAUGAUGGCUUUGCCAGAAUAUGGACAAAAGACGGAAACCUUGCAAGCACCCUGGGGCAACAUAAAGGACCCAUAUUUGCAUUGAAAUGGAACAAGAAAGGAAAUUUUAUUUUAAGUGCAGGAGUUGACAAGACGACGAUAAUCUGGGAUGCACACACAGGGGAAGCAAAGCAGCAGUUCCCUUUCCAUUCCGCACCAGCAUUGGAUGUGGACUGGCAAAGUAACAAUACAUUUGCAUCAUGCAGUACAGACAUGUGUAUCCAUGUCUGCAAACUGGGACAAGACAGGCCGAUAAAAACAUUCCAGGGACACACAAAUGAAGUGAACGCAAUAAAGUGGGAUCCCACUGGUAAUCUUCUGGCAUCUUGUUCUGAUGACAUGACAUUAAAGAUCUGGAGUAUGAAGCAAGACAGCUGUGUUCAUGACUUACAAGCACACAACAAAGAGAUUUACACCAUCAAAUGGAGCCCCACUGGGCCCGGAACAAACAACCCAAAUGCUAAUCUAAUGUUGGCAAGUGCGUCAUUUGAUUCUACAGUUAGGUUGUGGGAUGUAGACAGAGGAAUCUGCAUUCACACCCUAACUAAACAUCAGGAACCUGUGUACAGUGUAGCCUUUAGUCCGGAUGGCCGGUACCUGGCCAGUGGUUCCUUUGACAAAUGUGUACACAUCUGGAACACACAGACGGGUGCAUUAGUUCACAGCUAUCGGGGAACAGGGGGUAUAUUCGAAGUAUGUUGGAAUGCAGCAGGAGACAAAGUUGGGGCAAGUGCAUCAGAUGGUUCAGUUUGUGUAUUAGACCUACGAAAAUAGCGCUACUGGUUGGAAGCCAUGGACCGACUAUGAAUGUGUACAUAGCCAAAAUGACUGUCCCUGACCCAUGUACUGCUAUAGUCCCAUUUAACCAUGGCCAGUCCACUACAGCCAAACUGAAAUUAAUCCUAUACAUAGAUAUUUAAAAUUAAAAAUUGAAAACCAAUCCCUGCAAAAUGUUGCACCUCAAAGAGGACAAAAUUCUUGUCACAUCUGGUGAAUUUGUGUGUGCUGGAAACUGCUUUCUUCACAACGUCUGAAGAGGAGGCAGCAAGCAGCGGACAAGCACGCGUAGAGAACUUAAAUGUACCAAAUUUGGAAGAUGGUCAAUAUGCAUUCAACAUGUUUUAUUUUUCCCAUCCUCGGUGUAUUGUUUGUGUUUUUUAUUUUUUCUGAACAGUUUGCCUAUACAGAGAACACAGGACGUUAAAUCAAGCAAUAGUUUGCUCUUGGCUUUGAGACCUUAUGUCUGGUGCAUACAAAGAAAUAUCUGAUGGCUGCAUAAAAUCACCCUUAUUCCUGUCUGUAGUUUAUGUUCCUCUACUUCUGCUUUGUCUACAGUCAUUCAGUUUCCUCGCAGGUAUAGGUUGAUGGGCAUGACUUGGUACACACUUCUGAUAAAUGUGUGGCAUAAAAAAUGCCUGCAACACAUAAAAAGAUGUCACACUUGAUUCAGAGAGGCCAGCUUACAGGUAAAUUUCUUUAUGGUGACGUGGCUGAAUGCUUACUUGGGACAUAAUUGUGCCAAAACCCAAGGGCACAAAUAAUAAAGACCAGACAGCGGACACAAUUUGUGUCGGUUUCCUUAGACCAUAAAUCUGUUAUGGUUUCGUUGUGCACUAUUGUGAUAGGAGCAAAGCACCCCACCCUUCUCAUUUUUUUCCUAUUUUUGUAUUUUCACGUAUCCCACUUUAGUAAAUAAAUGUCAUUCAUUAAGUUUUCUUUAGACCGGGAUCAUUUUAAAGAAAACUGGGAAUACCUACAUAAACUGUUACAGUGUGAUGGGGAUCGUCCGAUUCCAGUGUUAAGGGCAUAUCAUACCUGUGUACAUUAAUCAUUACCGAGGACCAGUCAUCUCUCCUGACAUGUCUGUUUUAGUAACUACUUGCGUCCCCCAUGUAAUAACAGUCCUGAAUCAUCUAAUCUUGUAAUGGUGCUGUGCCAUUCCCUUUUAUGAAUGAGUCGGCAAAUAGGUGGUACCAGUUGGGGGCGUCACUGCACAGUUUGACGUUGUCCAGCCAGUUCUGCCAGUGGCACACUAUGCAGGGACACCUCUCCAGUUGGUAACACUUAGUUGGCAAUUCAUGCAUAAGCUUCUAGCAGAAAUAACGGAGGGAUGGCACUAAAUAGAGUAAAACGAUGCUCCAGAAUCUUUAUUGCCUGGGAAAUGCAACGAAUUACUAAAACAGAUGUGUCCGGAGGGUAGAAGAUCCUCUCUAACAGGAGGAGACAGGAGGAGGAGCGAAAAUGUCAUUGCAUUCACUUAGACUUGUUUUAGGCCUUACUUGUCACGCAGGUUUAAGGCUUCAGGCUCUGCAAAUAAUUUACACCUUAUGUUGAGUUAAUAAAUCUACAAAACCAUACAUGUUCCUUGCUGCUAUUAAAAUAGUAACACCGCCUGCUUCCCCCAUUUAUAUUUUAUAAUGAUUUUCAUAUGUAAAAAUAUAUAUUAGAAAGUAAAAAAAAAAAAAAAGAAUCCUUGCCACCUCUUGAAUUUAAAAAAGCAUAGUUGAGCUA